AUGGACUUUGAUAGAGUUCUGGCCAAAUGCGGCAAUAAUCAUCGCUAUCAAUACUUCCUGCUCAGUCUUUACAGCCUAUUGAUUGCCAUGUCGCCUCUUCACCAUUUCUCCCAGAACAUAAUAAACUUUGUGCCAGAGCAUUAUUGCUACCACGAGCAGUUGGUGAAUCAAAGCUUUGCUCAGCUCAAGGCACUUUAUAGUCAAUUUGAGAAACCAUCGUGCACACGUCUAGACUCCAUUGACGCAGCUGGCAAUGUGACGCUUAGUGAGAAGCGCUGCGAUCGCUGGUUCUACAACUACGACAAUGGAUUCAGAAGCAUGAGCACCGAACUUAACUGGGUUUGCGAAUCAAACUACAAGACUCCUGUGGGACAUUCAUUCAACUUUCUGGGAUGUGUGUUGGGCACAUUGAUAUUUGGUUGGCUGGGCGAUCGUAUUGGCCGCAUAUGGCCGCUAAUAGGUGCCAAUCUUUGUGCUUUCGUUGGCGACCUUGCAGCAGUUUUUACUACCAAUAUAACGUCGUUUUCCAUAACACGUUUUAUAGCGGGCCUAGCCAUGGAUGCUGAUACCUAUCUUAUGUAUAUUCUGGUUCACGAGUUCGUCUCACAAAACUUGCGUGUUACUGGUCUGAACCUCAUUAGGAGCACAUCCUAUGCUUUUGGUGUAAUAAUUGCUUGCAUAACAGCCAUAUCCGUGGGACACUGGAAAUUAUAUUUAAUCUGCUCUUCAAUGCCGUUGCUGUUGAUCAUUUCAUUCAAUUGGCUGAUACAGGAAAGUGCUCAGUGGCUUAUCACCCGCAACGACAUUGAAGGAGCCAUCAGGCGUCUAAAAACAAUAGCAAAGUUUAACAAGCGUGUCGUAAAAGAAAAAUAUUUUGACGCUUUUCGCAGCUAUUGCCAGACAAGCAGCACCAAACACACAGCAGAGGAUCAAAAUAAGUUCACUGACAUUUUUAAAACGCCCCAUUUACGCAUCACGAUCAUACGUUUGCUGCUGGUAUUCCGUAGUGUGCAGUUGGUUGGUGUCUCUCCAUAUAUAUCCUUCGCGCUUAGCGCUUUGCCACUGCCUGUGGCAGGGCUUGUCCAGAUGAAGCUUCAGAAGCAAUUUGGAAGAAAAGCGACAUCGACUUCGGCUAUGCUGCUCACCGGACUAAUGGUGGCAGCCAGUGGGAUUACAUUGAGUUUGUCAAAGGAGCCCAGCGUUUACCUAUUGGUCUCAUUGAUGAUGCUCUCGCGUUUUGGCAUGUCCGUCUGUUUUAUUGCCACUCUAUUGUACACCUCAGAGCUGGCGCCCACUUGUGUGCGAUCGCGUGUUAUGGGCACAGGCUUUAUAUUUGGCUCCACAGUGUCCAUUCUAUCACCAUACAUUAUGCAUUUGGGCACCUACAAUCCCGCCGUGUCUUCGAUUAUAUUGUGCCUGUUCUUUUUCAGCAGCGCCUACACAUGCCUCCAUCUCCCAGAGACGCAUAAUCGCAAGCUGCCCAAUACUUUGGCAGAGGGUGAGCAGUUUGGCAAGCAUGAACGUAUGUUUGACUUCCUGCGACGAGCCAAGCCUGUGGAGGACGAGGACGAGGACGAUGAUGAGAAGAGCCCCAGUGCUGAGACACGUAAACAGCUUAUGCCCGACCAAACAAUUAGCAGCUAA